CAAAACAUGAGCACUUGCUAAGUGCUUUUUCUUUUCUAUUUACUGCAAUACUGUCAAGUUGCCAUGCGACUGUUCCUUCCGUUUCGCCACCUGGACUAGCAAUCGAAUCUAAUAAUCGUUCUUGCUGUCAGCCGAGCUUUGCGCUUAAUUCUUGUCACGUCGCAAACGAAAGAAAAAAAGAAAAAAAAUUAUCACCCGAACGAAUGAUGAAUAACGAACAGUUUCGACGGCUAGUCCUUAAUGAUGCCUCAUUGGGGAAGUCGUCCGAAAAGAAGUCCACAAGAGUAGAUACAGCCGAAGGACGUGGGAAUGGCAAUGCUGGCACAUCGAGAUCCCCCAGUGCUCCCGGUGGUGGAUUGCUGGGAUCGAGAAUGAGAUCUAGUAUCCCCAUGACGCCUCGCUCAGUUACAGGAGUCGAUUUCGCCCGCCAGCUUGCCGAGCACCGCCGCGAACAGACACAACCGCCCUCGAAACGAUUCAAGUCCUCUUCAGCGCCGAAAGGAACGAAGCUCCCCUCUGGAUACCAGGAUCGAGCUCAGUUGCGCAAGUUGGAGGAGGAGAAGGAUGAUGUCGAGAAGCGGGUGAAGGCGCUUGAGGAAAUGAAUAAGCUUGGUCAGCUUGAUCGAGAGACCUUUGAGAAACUCCGGACUGAGCUUGGGAUUGGGGGUGAUUUGAAGAGUACACAUAUGGUUAAGGGGUUGGAUUGGAAGUUGUUGAGACGGGUUAAGGCAGGAGAAGAUGUGAGCAAGCUUUCUGAAGAGAAGGAGCAGGAACCGCAAGCGGAAGAGGAAGGGGAGAAGGCUACUAGAACCGUUGAGGAUAUGGAUGAGGAGUUUGAUCGUGUGCUAGAGGAGAAGGAGAAAGAGCAGGUUAUUGUUGCUUCUGCCCCGGGUGGUGAGAAGAAGAAAAAGAAGGGGAAUAUGGCGCCCCCUCCUCCACUGAAGCGAUCUAGGGAUGAGAUUCUGCGGCAGCUUAAGGCGAGUCGAGCUGCUGGUUCUGGCGCUGGUGCUGGAGGAACGCAGGUGUCACCACCUGCUGAGUCUAUGUUGGGAUCUAAGUUCAAGAAGGUUGGCGAUUCCAAGGCCGAGAAGAAGCGCUGGGUCGAGCAAGAUGAACAUGGAAGACGAAGGGAGGUUCUACUUGUCACAGACGCAGAGGGGAAGACAAAAAGGAAGGUCAGAUGGCUUGAUAAACCUGGAGAGUUGAAUGGGAACAAGAACAGUGCCGGGUUAUUGGUACCGAAUAAAGACGCAAAGCCGUUGGGCAUGGAGGUGCCUGCAGAGCUUCUUUCGAAAGCUCCAGCGCCUCCUAAAGACGAAGAUGAGGAUAUAUUCGAGGGUGUUGGCGCCGACUAUAACCCGCUGGCUGGUCUCGAGGAGGAUGACUCUUCAGACUCUUCGGGCGAGGAUGAGGCGGCCCCUCGAGAACGAGUCGCCGAGAAAGCGCUGGCUGUCGAGGGCGAGAAGAAACUCCCAGCUGCACCAUCUCAACCUCGUAAUUAUUUCUCUACGCCAUCAACUACUAUCGAGACUACAGAACAACUAGAUCGCUCUAACCCGCUCACGAAAGACCCAACCAUUCUUGCUGCGUUAAAGCGAGCUGCUGCCUUACGCCAAACCUCGCCCUCAGCCGGAAACGAUGAUGUUGAGGACGAGGAAGGUGUUGAUUCGGAGAUAUUGCGGCGCAGGAAGAAAUUCCUCGAGGAAGCUCGGCGCCGUGAGGCUCAGGACGCGAUGGAUUUGGAUCUCGGGUUUGGGAGCAGUCGUAUCGAGGACGAAGAGGAUGACGAGGCCGUUCUCUACGAAGGACGCGGUGGGAGUAAGAAGAGGAAGCGUGGGCCUAAAAAGAAGAAGGGCGACAAGGAUAGCGCUGCAGAUGUGCUGCGCGUGAUAGAGGGUAGAAAGAAAUCUGGGGAGUAGAUAGCAUCUCCAUGGUUGUAUUUUCUAAAUAUACUCUGCAGCCUGAGGUGUACCUGGAGAACGUGGAACUGCCUCGAUUAAUAGUCUUUUCUCUGAACGGUCCGUUGACGUCGAAGUAUGUAGGUAAAUAUAGAUAUAUAGAUAUAUUUUUGCCUCUGUCCUUUCAGCUCAACAUGCAUUCUUUCCUGGCAAACAAUGAGCAAUGGCGUAGGGCAAUUGUUCCCUGUCUUGGUCUUGACUAGGCAUCAUCGACCACAUUCAGUGUUUAAAGAUAGCAGCAGCAGAAAGGGAGUCAUGAGGGCAGCUCUACCUGAAAAAGGGCAGAUUUUCCCGCAUCGUCCCUGGACAAACAACGCGAUUCAUGGCUCGAGUCUGUUCCUCGCAGACCAAGUCGCUAUCAGGCCGUGCGCGCAGGACGCCUUCAUUCACUCUGGGUCCGCUUCACUCGUUCCUCUCCAACCGUCUUUCUCUCCUUUUUUUCCCUGUCCACGACGCGAUUGUACGUAGGUUGGCAGGACAGAAGCUGGCUUAGGGCCGGGGUGGACUCGCAGGGUAUAAAUUCCUCCUCCCUCCCCCCUUUCUCUUCUUCACAUCCUUACCAUCCUGCACUCGUCCUGCCUCCUGCCCCCCUCUCCUCACUCAUCUUCUCUCAUCCUUUCCUUCCCUUCCUUCACCUGCUCAUGGUUGUACACUGACUCAUUUCUUCUGUCAUAUCAUAUCAUGUCGUCUCGUCCUUCCCUUCGCAUCCACGAUCCCACCUUGUCCUUCCCCCUCCAUGCGCCGACACGUCAACACGUAGACUCUUAAGACACGACAGUUCCGUCAAGGUAAGGACCAAUGCAUGUGGGCACUUGCAUCUGGCUGCUAUGGCCACCAAGGCCGUACAGGAUCUGGCAGUUUGGUUGCAGUGUAAGUCCCAUCUGUUCGUCUCGAGCAAGAGACACCACCUCCAGGUUCUCAUUUUGCAGUCUGACGCGCGUCUCCGCCCUGCAAGCUGCCGUUGUAGAUGGAACACCUACUGGAGAAGCACCCCUCUUUAGCAUUGCCUUACUAGCCGAAUGCAACUACUAUGAGGACGAACGUGAAAGUGAUUAUUUUUUCACACCUUUUCAGGUACGUGGUUCUCCAGUGUGGCCUCAUGGCGUAUACUGACUGACAACGGACUUUGUUCUUUUAUAAGCAAGUUGAAUCUGUCCGGCUAUACGAUGCGCACGCAUCAGCCAAGUCGAUCAGCAGAACAAUCUAAAAAGGUAAGCUUUGGAUAUCGAGGUUAAACAAUCUUUCUGGCGGAUAUUGCAGGUUUUGCGAUGCAGGCGUUGAUUUGGCAGGAGUUGUAGUUUGGCCAAGAUGACAGUCAAAGAUGCAUGACAAUGAUGACUGUACGAGUUAUCAUAAUACGGAAUGGAACCUAAAAGUGAAAUUAUGAUUAAUGUUUUUUUUUUUUUUUU